CUCAACUAAAUAUGUCAGACACUGCCUUUCCUGCUCCCCUCUAAUGGAAGCCUUCAUAUAACCUCAUGGUGUUGAAUCAUGUCUUCUAUGCCUUACUCGGAUUUACUAUACUAUCAUAUAAUCUUCUUCAAACCGAGGGACUCAUCCAUAGGCAUCUAUCCCAACCGAGCACCAACAUACCUACCUCAUACAGAACACGAGACCCACACCCACAUGCAAACAGCUCACAGUACCUCUAUAAAUCACAACCGCAAGCUCUAGAACAACUGACAGUGAAUACAGCCUCUUCAGUCGCGUCAACGCGUCCCCAACCCCCCUCUUGAUUGGCCUGCCUUAUAAGUGGAUUUUCGCGAUUCCUUUUACAUCUCGCUCAUUUCCAGGUUUCUGUUGUCUACCAGAAUUCGAGGCUACAA